AUGCUAAACUGGCUUGCACCAGCAGCGAGCAACGGCUCGAACCAUACGGCCGCCGACGCCAAGCCAGGCGAAGAUGAUGACACCCUGGUUGUCGAGCCUGAUCAGGGCAACGUGCUCACUCACAUUAUUUCCCAGCUCCGGCCGGGUGCCGAUCUUAGUCGAGUAGUCUUGCCUACCUUCAUCCUGGAGCCUCGCAGCAUGCUCGAGAGAAUCACCAACUUCAUGUGCCACCCCGAAAUGCUUCUUCCUAUACCCGAGAUCGACGAUCCCACGCAGCGAUUCGCCUCCGUUGUCAAGUUCUACCUCAGCGGCUGGCACAUCCGACCUCCAGGUGUCAAGAAACCCCUCAACCCCAUUAUUGGCGAAGUCUUCAGCUGCUACUGGGAUCUGCCAGACAGCACGCGGGCCUACUACAUUGCCGAACAAACCUCCCAUCACCCGCCCAAGUCAAGCUACUUCUACAUGAUCCCCGACCACCACAUCCGCGUCGAUGGCUGCCUGAAGCCUCGCAGCAAGUUCCUCGGCAACUCGGCCGCCAGUCUGAUGGAAGGCACCGUUACCCUGACCUUCCUGAACAGGGGCAAGGACACGGCCAAGGGCGAGCGGUACAUGCUGACGCAGCCCAACAUGUACGCCCGCGGCAUUCUGUUCGGCAAGAUGAAGUACGAGCUCGGCGACCACAGCUUCGUGCGCUGCCCCGAGCUCGACCUCGUGGCCGACAUUGAGUUUAAGACCAAAGGCUGGGUCGGCGGUACCUACAACGCCAUUGGCGGCUUCAUCAAACGAGAGAGCACCGACGAGGUCUUGUAUGAGCUUUCAGGCCUGUGGAGCGAUGAGAUGUUCAUCAAGGACGUCAAGACUGGCCACAAGGAGAUGUUCUUCAACGCGAAAACAUCGAAACCAAGCAGCCCGUCCGUACGGCCCAUCGAGGAACAGGAUGAGCGCGAGUCACAGAAGCUCUGGCAGGCUACGGCGCAAGCGGUCCGCGAGCGCAAUCACGAACUCGCCACCGACGAGAAAACCAAGGUCGAAGACAUGCAGCGCGAGGAGCGGGAGAUUCGGAACCGGGAUGGCGUUGAGUGGCGCCCGAGGCUCUUCAGGCCGGUCAACGGCGGUCCCGGCGGUCCCGAGGAGGGGGAGGAGGACCUCGAGUGGAUCAUCAACGCCAACAUUGACGGUGAGACACCCGAGAAGCAGGCUGAGCAGGUCCUGGCCAUUUAUCCCAUACUGCCCGGACAAAAGGUCUCUUCCGAGAACCAGAUCCCACCGAACAAGCCCGCGCAAAACCAGCCAAAGGCCACGGAGGCAGCGACACCUCCGCCUGCAACCGAGCCUACGCCUGCUGCGGCUCCCGUAGCAGCGCCCCAGAAUGAUCUCAUCGAUUUAAGCCACUCCGAGACAGCAGCACCCACAACCCAGCCUGCUGCUGCUGCUGCGGCCACGACGGCACCCCAGGUGACCAGACACGACUCUCAGGAUAUCGCGGGCAUGCUGAGUAAGACGGGCAAGCCAGCGGCAGAUGGGCCGCUGAUUGACUUUGUCGGCGAUCUCAAGAAGAACGUGCCCGACCUGAAGAGGGCCGACACAAGCGAAGAUGACUUCCAGGAUGCGCAGGAGAAGUGA